AUAUAGUACUAGUUGCUUUCAAGUUUACAAGAAUUUGCUUCCAUCAUCUUUGUAAUUAUCAAUUAUUAUAAAACUGUUUAUUUGCAUUUAAACAUGAAAAAAAAAAAAAAAACAAUUUUUGCCGGCUGCUUAGCUUAACUAUUAGUCCUAUAUUUCCAUUUCAAUAAAUACCUUACAAGUCAAAAUGGACUUUGGUUUAAUUAUACUCUUCAAUAAACAUUCAACAAAGAUAUAUAUAUGGUUUCUUGAUUUUUCUGUUGAUACAUAUAGAGAGAGAGAGAGAGUUUGUUGGUUCUUCUAGAAUAGGUUUUUGUGUUUUUCUUCUUUGUGUGGGAUUGGAAAAAUUGGAUUUUUGAGCUGACCCAAAUAAGUUUCUAGAUUUUUCUGUUGAUAUAUAUAUUCCCUCCAUUUUAAAUUUUCUAAUUUAAUUUCUCAUUUUACUUGUAUUUUUUCAUUAAUCUAGAGAUAAUUUUUUUUUCAUAUUUUACUCUUUGAAUUAAUUACUUUUUCUUCAAAUUAAAAUAUAAACAUCAAUAAAUUUGGGACAGAGGGAGUAUUAUAUAUAUAUAUGGUUUGUUGGUUCUUCUAGAAAAGGGUUUUUGUGUUUUUAUUCUUUGUGGGGUUGGAAAAAUUGGAUUUUUGAGCUGACCCAAGUAGGUUUCUUGAUUAGUCUGUUGAUAAAUAUGGAUUUUUCUAGUAAAAAACACUAGUUGAUUCUUUUCAUAUAUCCUAGCUUUGGGUGGAUAGAAUUACGUAUACCUAUUACUGUUGCUGGUGAGAGGUGUGAGGUGUGGAAUUAAUCGAUAGAGUUACCUAGUUACCUAGUACCUGAUGAUGUUGUUGGUGAGAGGUGAGGAAUUAGUCGAUAGAGUUACCUAGUACCUAUUAAUGUUGAUGGGAGGUGUGGAACUAGUCGAUAGAUAGAGUUACCUGGUACCGAUUGUUGUUGGUGGUGAGAGAUGUGAGGUGUGGAAUUAUUCGAUUGAAUUACCAGGUACCUAUUGUUGUCGCAGGUGAGAGGUGUGAAAUUAUUCGAGGUGCGCAAAAGAUGGUCCAGACACCAAGGUUAUUUAAAAAAGGGUUGUUUUUUUUGGUGGCUUUUAGAGAAGGCUUUUGUGUUUUUCUUCUUUGUGGGAUUGGAAAAAUUGGAUUUUUAAGCUGAUCUAGAUAAGUUUCUUGAGUACUCUAUUGAUAAAUAUGGAUUUUUUGUGCUUUUAGAGUAAGGUUUUUGGGUUUUUCUGAUUCUUGGGGUUGAAAAGAAAGGUUUUUUAAGCUGACACUGACAAGUUUCUUCAUUUAUCUGUUGAUAAAUAUUGGAUUUUGUGGCUUUUAGAGAAGGUUAUUGUAUUUUUCCUCUAGGUGAUUCUUCCUAUUUGUCCUAACUUUGGUGGACAGAGUCAAUCGAUAUCUCUGGUGGGAGGUAUCCCGUGGAUUUAAUCGAGUUGUGCGAAAGCUGACCUUGACACCACGAUUAUUAAAAAAAAAAAGGACUUUUUAAGCUGACACAGAUAAGUUUCUUGAUUUCUCUGUUGAUGAAUAUGGCUUUUUGUGCAUUUAGAAAAAGUUUUAAACUUUUCAAAUGGUGGGUUUUCCUCAGACCCUUUUCGGUUAUGUUGGUUGUAGUUGUAAUGGUGGGAGUUUUACUAUUAGUACAAACAAAAAUGAAGGAUUUUAGACAUAAAAAUGGAAUUUUUGUUCAGUUUGAUGUUCAAGAGAAAGUGGGAAUGGAGAAUCUUGAACCAAUGAAGGUGCAAAAUGGGUCUACUGAAGCUGAAAUUUUGUCAACUAGUGUUAGUCCUUAUCAUGAUUGGGAGUUAUUUGCUGCUAAUUAUGAAGAAAUGAUGAAAAAACUUAAGAUAUUUGUGUAUCCUGAUGCAUUUAUGAGCAACAAUUCUUCGAUUUUUUCGAGUAUUUUCCUUCCUCAUACAGACCCCUUUGAUCCAAAGUUAGGAAAUUACUUUAGUGAACACAUGUUCAAGAUUGCUCUUUUGGGUAGUUCUUUUGUUACUAAGAAACCAGAAGAGGCUCAUUUUUACUUCAUGCCCUUCUCGAUCAACGUUAUGAGAAAUCACCCUCGCGUGCAUUCUGCCUCGGCGAUUAAAGAUUUUGUUGCUGGAUAUACUGAUAGAGUUAGAUCAGAGUUCGAAUUUUGGAAUGCAUCUGGUGGUGCUGAUCAUUUUUAUGUGUACUGUCAUUCCAUCGGUCGAGAUGCUGCCUCUAAGCAUCACGAAUUGCAUCAUAACUCAAUUCAGGUUACUUGCUCGUCGAGCUACUUUCAGAGGCUAUACAUUGCCCACAAAGAUAUUGGCCUGCCCCAAGUUUGGCCUCGCCAACACGAGGAAGUGUUGAACCCUCCAGAUGCGAGAUACAAGCUCGUCUUCUUUGCUGGUCGUGUCCAAAAUUCACUUGCAAGACGAUAUUUAUUGGAGCAAUGGAAGAACGAUAGCUCCUUCGAUAUAUUCUCCGGAAGUUCAUCUUUCCCUUACAGGGAAGGAUUUCGGAGAAGUAGAUACUGUCUCCACAUCAAAGGUUACGAGGUAAAUACAGCUAGAGUCAGUGAUGCAAUUCAGCAUGGCUGUGUCCCUGUACUAAUUUCGAACUACUAUGAUCUUCCAUUAGCCAACAUAUUAGACUGGAGCAAGUUCUCAGUUAUUGUUAAUGAAAGAGAUAUUCGACACCUAAAGAAGAUACUGCUCUCGGUCCCUGUACGAACGUACCUCAACAUGUAUAAGAAUCUAGGUAUCGUUAGAAGGCACUUCGCGUGGUAUAGUAGCCCGAAAACUUAUGAUUCAUUCCAUAUGACAGUUUACCAGCUUUGGUACAGAAGGGGACUACAUCCAGUCACUUGGUGAUAUCUCGGUAUCUAACUUCACCUUAGCUGACAUCUAGCCGUGGGCUAUGUGAGUUGGCGAGCUUAAAUGGAACGACGUGGUCAGUGAGGAUUCAUAUAGUCGAGCUCAACAUGUUAGAAGUUAUGGCAAUGGUGUUUGUAUUUUUUUCACAUUUAUUAGAUCACUCUCAAAUUUGUUUUUGUUUUUUUUUUUACCUUCAUGGUGUCUGUAUUUUUUUUUCCCAUUUAUUAGAUUUAAUUAAUAAUGCAAGGGCUAGAAAGCUUUGACAUCCUCUUGUAUAUA